UUGUACUAGCAACAGCCAGUAAUUUUUCUUUCAGCAUGUUGUCUGCAGCAUUGCGCUCAUAUAACCGCACUGCAAGAUAUUUUAUUCGUAAAACUAAUCAAAUACCUGUGAAAAUGGCAUCAACUUUCUUAGUAGAAAAUAGUAAAUACUCUUUUCUCAAAGAUCUCGGUUUAAAUAAAGUGAACAAUGCAGUGUAUAGCGGUGAAUGGACGGGGAACGGAGAUAUAGUGCAAUCAAUUGAUCCAGCAAGUGGCGACGUAAUUGCUGAAGUUAAAACUGGAUCCAUAGAAGAGUUAGAGCACUGCUUGAAUGUCGGUGCAGCAGCUUACAAACAUUGGAAAACACUGCCUGCACCAUAUCGGGGUGAAAUUGUCCGCCAAAUUGGCGAAGAGCUUCGAAAAUUUAAAGAACCUCUUGGAAAACUUGUUUCAUUGGAAAUGGGAAAAAUUUUGGCAGAAGGUGAAGGUGAAGUACAAGAAUUCGUAGAUAUAUGUGACUAUGCUGUUGGUCUAUCUAGAAUGUUUGGUGGUCAAUUGCUGCCGUCGGAAAGAAGCAAACAUUCUAUUAUUGAAAAGUGGAAUCCUUUAGGAUUAGUAGGAGUAAUUUCAGCUUUCAAUUUUCCAUGCGCUGUAUUCGGCUGGAACGCGGCUAUUGCACUCACUGUUGGAAAUUGUGUCGUUUGGAAAGGUGCACCUAGUACACCUCUAGUCUCUGUUGCUACGAUCAAAAUUGUGGCAAAUGUUCUGAAAAGAAAUAAUCUUCCGCCAAUUGUCACAUUAUGUCAAGGGGGAACUGACAUUGGUGAAAAAAUCGUGACAGACAAUCGCGUGAAACUGGUUUCUUUCACUGGCAGUACGGCAGUAGGUCGAAAAGUUGGUGUUGAAGUGCAAAGGCGUUUUGGAAAGUUUAUAUUGGAGCUUGGCGGUAACAACGCUCUUAUAAUAAACGACGAUGCACCUGCCGACAUGGCUCUAGAUGCGGCGUUUUUUGGAUGCAUUGGUACUGCAGGCCAACGUUGCACUAGCACGCGAAGGUUAAUUAUACAUGAAAAAUUGUAUAACGAGUUUAUCACUAAAUUAGUAAAACGCUAUAACAAUCUAAUGAAAAGAGUUGGUCAUCCACUAGAAGAUUCAACACUGUAUGGACCGCUUCAUAACAAGCAGGCUGUAGAAAAUUUUACAACAACUAUUGACGAUUCAAUUAAAUUAGGUGGAAAAAUAGAAUAUGGCGGAAAGGUCAUACAAAGACCAGGAUUUUUUGUAGAGCCGACUAUUAUUACUAAUCUUCCUCACAACUCGCCUGUGGUGCAUAGAGAAACUUUUGCACCAAUUGUAUACGUCUUAAAAGCAAAGAAUUUAAGCGAAGCAAUUGAAUGGAAUAAUGAAGUAAAUCAUGGAUUGUCGUCCUCAUUGUUCACUUCUAACAUUGGAUCAGCUUUUCAGUGGAUUGGAGAGGAUGGUUCGGAUUGUGGUAUCGUAAAUAUUAACACUUCCCCUUCGGGAGCUGAAAUUGGAGGGGCAUUCGGCGGAGAAAAACAUACUGGUGGCGGACGUGAAUCAGGAUCUGACGCAUGGAAACAGUACGUUCGUCGUUCUACAAUAACCAUUAAUCACUCAGCAGACUUACCACUUGCCCAGGGUAUCAUGUUUGAAUAAACCGAAAUAUAUUAUAGCUCAUGCAGUUUUUAUUUAUCCAUACAUGCAGAAGGUUAAUUAUCAACAAUUAUGCUAUAUUUUUUGUUUCGAUUCAAAACGCCAUAAAUCUACGGCAAUAUCAACGUUAGAUUUUUUAUGGAACUUGUAGGUUUGCGGAAGAUUAUAUCUGAGUUGUGCGAUCACGAUGGCUUUAAUAUUCCAUUCAAUACAUUUUUUUCUGAUGUGAUUUCUGAAUAAUAAAAAGAGUUAUCACAAACCAGUGAGCAUUUAGUUAGUUU